AUGUUGUCAUUCUGUCCACAUUGCUCUAAUAUGCUACUAAUUUCAGAAAGCGGCGAGGGAUUCAAUCGGUUUCAGUGCCCUACUUGCCCAUAUGAGUUCAAAAUAGAAGGUUUUAAAAUGUAUGAUAGAAAAAUGUUUACGAGAAAAGAAGUUGACGAUGUCCUUGGGGGAGCAAACGCAUGGGACAACGUGGAUCAAACAACAGUUCAAUGUCCCGUUGAUUCCUGUGGGGCUACAAAAGCUUACUUUUUCCAGUUACAAAUCAGAUCUGCUGAUGAACCUAUGACGACGUUUUACAAAUGUGUAAAGUGCUCAAACCAGUGGAGGGAAAACUAA